UCGCUCAGGUUGUUGAUGCCAAUGCCUCCGCGACGACGCAAACGAGGUCCUGAGGAGGAAGAUGGUCCGUCUGAACGACCUCCCCCGGUAUACUCUCAACAUGCAGAGGACGAAGGAUACUUCCCCAUUUACCAUCAUGAUGAUGGCCCAUCCAAUUCGACUGCUCAUCCACCAUCUCCGCGACCACACCGUCCUAAGCGACAUCAUGGGCCUGAACAAGAUGAAGGCAGCUACCCAAUUAGCGCUGAACACAAUCCUGCAUUCUUACCUCCUGUUCUUGAAUCACAACUCGAAGCAGAACUAUUCGAUUUUGCCCAUACGGAGACAUCUGUAGAGUUCGGGGACCAGGGAGAGGAGGAGGUUGAAAUGGAACCAGAUGGAAUCAUAGUCGAUGUUUUUGGAGAGCCCGAGCCCAUUCGUCCUCAAGGAGCGUCGGUUGCUAUGAAAGCAGCUCUUCCACACUUUCCAAAGAUUCAAGAUAUUAUCUUGGAUAGUUUUGCCGCUCGAAAAUUGGGUUCAACUUGCUCAUGUGGAGUCUCGCAGCCAGAAGCAACAAUCUAUCGCUGUCGUGAUUGCUUCAAGCCAAAACUCUCCUGCGCCAGCUGCAUGAUUUCGCAGCACGCUCCAAACCCCUUCCAUCAAAUCGAGCGUUGGAAUGGCAAACACUUUGAACGACUUUCCCUUCACUUACUCGGUUUUCGACUUUAUACUUGCCCACGCACGACUGGAAAACGCUGCCCCGAGGUCUCCGAGCACGAUUUACGGACACAACGAUUCACCAUGUAUGACUCAAAUGGUAUACAUGAGCUCGACGUCGAAUACUGCUCCUGUACAGCUGGCAUCGGAGCAGCGCCACUCCCCUAUUGGGAGCAACUCCACUCUCUUCAACUUUUCCCGGCCUCGUUCACCCAACCAAAGACUGCAUUCACCUGGAGGGUGCUCAAGCAGUUCCAUAUCCACUCAAUGACCUCGAAAAAGUCAGCAUACGAUUUCGUCAAGGCUCUUUGUAAGCUUACCGACAAUGCCUUUUCGCCUAAUGUCACGGAUCGAUAUCGAGAAUUUCAAUUCGUCUAUCGUAUAUGGCGCUACCUGGCUUUAGUCCGUCGGUCCGGGCAAGCCUUCGGAAUCAAUGAUGUCCAGCCCGAAGGUCGACGGUCAAAUUCUCUUGUUGUUCGUUGUCCUGCAUGCCCUGAGGCCAACUUCAAUGUUGAUUUGAAGACCAUAGAUGAAGCCUCGGGCGACGAACAGCACAAAUACACGCUCUUUCUUUCGGCAGACGGUAACUUCAAACUACGACGUAAAAAGAAGAAGGGAGAUCCAGAAGAUCUUCAGCUUAACAACGGGAAUGCCUACUUCGUGGAGUCAAGUUCAUACAAGAAGUAUAUCAAGGUCGUUAAACCUGUCGCACCGGCUGGAACAUGUGCUCAUUUGCGUGCUGCGCGACUACAAAACCACGCCAAGUUCAAUAAUACCCCAGUUACCGGAGUUAUUGCAAUCCAAUGCGCCCGACACGGGUUUUUCCUUCGUCUUGUUGAUCUGUUCAAGGGCGAAAGCUUUCGGAAUACAGACUAUGCUUUGGCAUAUGUUCUUGUCGAAGCACUACUCCUCCGUUGGAUCUUUAUGACUUACGACAUCUGGUGUCAAUUCGUCAUUCACCUUCUCGAUCGCUUCGAAGAGCACUUCCCACAACUGCGUGAAAUUAUUUCGAAGAUUCGGGGUAGUAUUCCAAAGAUGCAUAUCCACAACCACAACCAGGACUGUCAACUGGAGUGGAAUCUCAACUGGAUGCUAUUCGUGGCCUUGACCGUGGGCGAGCUGAUUGAAACAGCUUGGGCCGAGCUCAAUCUGACUGCGGGAAGUACUCGAGAGAUGAACGAUGGUAAUCGACAUGACUCGAUCGAUGACUUUUGUGGACACUGGAACUGGGACAAACUCGUUCUGAUGGCUUCGGCACUCCAAUGA